CUUGUUCAUUGUGGGCCUCAAGCUAACAGCACGCACCCAAAAAUAUAAAUGAAUAUAAACAAGAUGUCGGCCAUCAACGCAUAAGCACAGCGCACCACCUUACAAUGCGCAGAAAAACGGGACCGAGAUAAUCUCGCAGGCCCACACGCAAAGUUGCACCGGAGAAAGCAAAAUGUAUUGCGCUCGUGUUUGCAGAGUAGCGGGACUCGCGGUCCUCCUCGCAUUACCCAUCGCGUUCGCGCAGGAGGGCUUCACGGCACAACCUACAGUCACUGCGGCUAAGCCAUCGCUACCAGUCGCUGCUCCGGCGACAGUUCCUGGCGGUCGCACGCUUAAGAAGAGGCCCAAUCCUUCGCAGUCGCUUGCGGGACCCAGUGCGGCAAUGAGGGACGCCCUGGAUAACUUCCAAGUGAACGAGAACCGCAUCAUCCGCACCGAGGAUUCUCGGCGUAUGGGUGCGCGAUACCUGAACGAAACCGAGCUGAGCUCCAACCGAGACUGCAUACUGUGGUGUUGGGAGACGACAAGCUGCAAUGUAGCCGUGUUCGAAGAAAAGGGAAAAGGCAGCUGUUACCUGUUCGACUGCGGGCCGCCCUCACACUUCCUGUGCCUCUUCACGGCCCAUGCGUUCUACACAGUUUCUGUGCUCACCGUGCCCACUCGCAACACCGAGGCCCCCCUCUGGCCCGGUUCUCACCACGAACAAGAACUCACGCAGCUGCGCCAGCCCCGUCCCCUCGCCAGUGCUGAUGGACCACCGCACAAUCCACCUGCUGUGACGCAGGCACCCAAGUUGACCACAAGCACGAGCAGCUCACACCAAGUGAACGUGGGCCAGGCCGAGAGUGACCAAGAUGAUCCAUCAGACAGCCACCGAUGUCAACACUAUCAGUUCCGCUGCCAAAAUUCCAGUGAAUGCAUUGCUGUCUACAAUGUCUGUGAUGGCAUUCCGCAAUGUGCGGAUGGAAGCGAUGAAGCUGAGGACCUUAAGUGCCCUGGUGCAAAGAUACCUGAGGCUAGCAGUGCUACUGCCAACCCAUCUACGACGACUUUGCCAACCACAGCCGAACAUGCUAGACCAGGAAGCACAACUGCGGUGGACACGGAACAGCAGGACAGAGUGCCUCCAGCCAAUCCUCUGCAACCUUCCUCGAAUGACGACAGUCCCCGGCACAACUCUGCAGUUGAUAUGGGAGGAAGAAUUCCAAAGCCUGUGCUCAGUGGCCACAACAGCUUCUCAUCUUUAGCUCACAACAACAGGCUUCGUUGGGGUGAUGAAAGCAGCCACAGUCAUGCGCGGCCAGAGUACAGAGACCCAUAUGAAGAACCUUUUGCAGCAGAACAGACCAAGUACUACGACUACGGGCAGGCUUACCCUGAGAGCUACCGGUACUGGAUUAACGACGCUGACACGCAGCUCUACCCCAUGGUAGCUGAUGGAAUCAUCCAGCCACAGAACUUCAGAGCCCAGAAGCCAAGGAUGAACCUUCAGCAACACCAAUACCAGCAGCAGCAAGAGCUUCAGCAGCAGCAACAGCAAAGGUUGCAGCAGCAGCGCUACCAGCAACAGCAGUUUCGCCAACACCAGCUCAAGCAGUUGCAACACGAACUGCAGCAGCAGAAACAGCAAGUGUCGUCUAUACAAGACUACCCACCCAGUCACUGGAAGAUAGGUCGUGGCCCCUUGGGUCCCAUGGAUCAAGGUGACAGCUAUGGACCGCAGCCAUACCCUCCGACCCUGGCUCCUUACAGUCUACGUCUACACCCUGGUAUUGGAGGCCAUUCAAACGGACCAGUGCAGAGUUUGCCACAGGAUAUGCAAAGCAGCAAGCUUGCGGAACAAUCUGUAGGCCAGCAACAGGGUCUCGUGCAAGAAUCACAGCCUGAUUUGCAGCUGGAGCCACAGCCAUCACUGCAGGAACAGCCAAAACUCAAGCCGCAUCCAGUGAUGCCAGCCAAACCGGUCGCACCAGCUACCAAUGAAGAUGACACCUUCUAUCAGCCUGUUGUUGAAGUGGCACCCCCACCGGCACCCCAUCAAAGUAGUUCAAAGCACAUCUCAGAGCACCUGCAGAAGCCCCAUGCAAAGCCAGCAAAGGCAACGGCUGGUUCUGAAGUGCCACAUCAUCACAAUGAGAGGCCUGUGCAAUACAGCAGACUCCAUGAGGUCGCUAACAUGCAGGUAAGCUUUACGCAAGUGGAGCAAGGGAGCCGUGGGGCCGAACAAGAAUCGGGCAGUGCCGUGCUGGCCCUCACGUUGGGUCUCUGCAUCACGGGUCUCCUGCUCGUGUUGGUCGGCUGUCGUCUUCGCUUGGCACGACACCGGCUAGCACGCCGGGGAGGCCGGUCGUCGCUCGCACAUGAUGCCGACUACCUGGUCAACGGAAUGUAUCUCUAAGCCUCACUAACUCCGUAUGUUGCAAGUAUGUUGAUAAGGGAAGACAGAGUACCCUUUUGAAAGUUUGUAUCUUGAGACAAGAUGUGGCUUUCCCUUAUCGCCUGUUACACUUGACUUUAGUUAACUGCCCUCAAUUGGGAACAUGAAGUAUUGGUUCAGACUAUCUGCAGGUCAAAAUCGAUGGUGCCUUUGUGAUUACCAUCAACGUGCGCAGUGGUAACAAGUCUUGCUGUGAAGAGCAUGUGGAGAUGAGCACUGUGCAAGCAACCAUGCAAAUUUUAAAUUUGUCCUGAAGGUGCAGCAGUCAAGAAAAACGAAACAUGCAAGCGAAAAUUGGGUGGGAGAAAUUUUAGAAAGUUCAUAAAAAGACGAGGCAAGAAGGAUGUUGUUGCUCGUACACUGCGCAUAAGCAAUGGGUUGGUGUGGCCAUUGGCCAAGGAAAUGUGCAGUAUACUUAUUGGCCAGCAUAUCAGGCAUUUCUAGUGCAUCGUAUCACUACUGCACCCCCGAACUUUACAUAGUGACACAAAUGUGCACAUUUAACUUUGUUAGGUGCAGCUGACUUGUAAGUGUGCCUAAUUAACCACGCAUACUACCACUUCUCAAAUGAGCAAGAAAACAUCUUGAGUUCAAGUGGGCUUAAUUGUGCACAGGCAUGCAUGGCCAUCUGCUGAGAUCUCUGUGGAGAGAAGUGGAGAGCCAAAUUAACAAAUGCUUAAUUAAUGGAACCCAAUUAUUGCUCUAUCUCAUGCAGAUAAAGAUGCAGGUCCAUGCCUGGCCUGAGAAUUGAAGCUACUCCACAUAACCAAGUAAACCCAUUCACAAUUUAAAAGAAAAGGAGUGUGCUUGAGGAAGUCCUCCUUACAGAAGGCAAUGAAAUGUUUUGGCUCACACACAAUGAACCUCAUGGUUCUAAGCUAUAUAGCCAUUCAUUCUGAUACUUGUCAUCAAUGAUACGUGCCCUGUGAAAUUGAUGUUAAUGUUUUACCUACAGUUAUGAGCAGGAUGUACACAGCCAGGAAAUAUGAAAAGAAACACCUGAUACGCAUUCUGCACCAAUAGAUGUUUUCACUUCCAACUAUAAAAUUAAAAAGUACUACACGAGGUGUUUUAGAAGCAAGAACUACUGAGCAUGCACCACCGACUAACAUUCCAACGAGUACUCUUGCAGUUGAAAUUAUUCUAUUAUUAUCUGGGUGUCAUUUUUCAUACUGGCAACACCGGUGCAGUUGGCUCCAAAAAUCUGUGGGAUGAAUAUUUCAUGGAGACAAUUUCUGUUCAGUUUGGGUGUGUGGCUUGUAAAAGCAUACAACAGUGCUUGAUGGUACAUGUACUGUUGGCCACGAAGGGUUAUAGAGGCAUAGGAUUUACAAAAAGAAAAUGACUUCUCAUAAAGCCUGGGUACACAGUGUUGAAUUCAGUUUCAGUCUGUAAUAUACUCCAUUACCUACAUAACAAGCAAUGUUACGAAGGCUACAGAGACUUCUUGCAUUGCUUGCAUUCGGGACCGAAAAAUAGACCAUCACAUAUGAAAGAAAUAUAGGUAUGCACAUACAAAUCAAUAAUGUUAGGUCUCAUACUUUUCCAUUGCAAAAUAUUACGAAUUUUUACAUAGAAGGCGUCGGCGCUCUGAUCCUAUUAGCCACCGAAUGAGUGGAGCGGCAUGUUCCUGCUUCCAACAGCCACAGUGCUCUGGUUGCACUCAUGACCAGAGCAUGGUGCGCCACAUACUGGAAGCGGCAAGGUACACAAACAAUCUGUAAUUUGACAUAACUUUAUAUCCACAGUUGUAGUCGUUAUAUAUGAAGUAGUUAUUCUGUAGAAAGUGUCGCAGCUCUAAAACAGCUGCUCUCAAAAACGCAUGAAGUGAGAGUUCUACGACUGCACUACUUGCAUUGCUUCUGCAAUGUUGCCUGCCAAGUAUGAAAUGAAGUAGAGCAGCUUUUGUGACCUACAUAGUAGACCAUCAAAUUAGAAGUGCCGCAACUUUACAAAGCAGAAAUUCACAUUUGUUGUGGAAAUCACGUCCCGGAAAAUUUUGUGGCCAGCUGCACUAGUACAAACUACAACUACUGAAUUUUAGGCUGCGUGCCCAAGGUUCAAAGAAAUUCAGCAUUUCCACGAAGGUCUCAGGCUGUAAAUUGUUGGAAUCAACUGCAUGUGUAAGAGACUACCUUCUACGAGGGAGACAGAAAAACUGUUUUUAAAAAUAUGCUUUGGUCCGAGCUUGGCAGCCUCAUGAGUAAGUAGCAUGAAAGAUCAAAAGUAUGUCAAUGCUCCACAAACCACAAGAAAGUAAAGACUUAGGUCCUUGAAAAUUUACAUGACCCAUUUGAAAUAUUGUACUAAUACAAAGCGCGUAACAGAUUAAACUUAAUAGUACAGUUGAACCUCGAUAUAACAAAUAUCAGAUACAACGAAGUAAAUCUAAUUUGUUUCUCGUCAAUAUCAGCAUGUAAUAAACAGAUGGUUAUAAUGAAUGUCAGAUGUAACGAUGGUAUUUUCAUAUCGGAUGCGACAUGGUUCGGCUGCAUGACCUAACAAAAGUGAACUAUUAAUGACACUUCAUCAGUAAAAUACAGGUAUCAUACUUAAAUCAUACUUAGCUAUGGAUACAGUAUGUGUUCCUAGAUGUCACAAAUAUGAUUUUGUAUGCACUGUAUAUUCUGCAUACUAAUUACCAUACAUUAUUUCUCGUUCCCAAGUUCAAAAUGCGGAUGUGAAAUGGGACUUGAUAGUGGACGUACUGCUUGAGGGUUUGCCAUAUUUGCACAUAUAUGAUGCAGCCUCAAAUAUACCAAGCAUUAGCCUUGGUCAAAUUUUUAUAAUCCUUAAAGUGUUGUUAUUGCAGCUAUAAUGUUAUUGACACCGUAAAGAUGAACUGCAAUUGCAUGCGUAGGAAGCAGAACAUGACAGAAAAGAAAAAAAAAGCUUUAUGCUUGUCAAUCCUGUAGCACUAGUCAUUGUUGUGUGCAUCACAAGAUCUACGAUCUGUACUGCUCAGAUAAUGGGUAGCCAAGCCAAUGCGCUAUGGGAAAAUAAAUAUUGCAUGGUACUUGUAAAAUGGUAGUUGCAACUGUGGCACGAAGCACACAUUUUAUUGAAAAUAAAGGAGGACUAGCAUUGCAUUUGUGGAAACACAGCACUUCUCUUGCAAUUACAAGGAUGGUCUUCACGUGCAUUGUGUGGAUUGAGUGAAAUUUUGUUUUUUGUCCUAGAUCAUAGACUGAGCUCUUGUGAUAAUUUCAAACGUAGAGCAAGAACUCUUUGUACUGUUUAAAAUGCAAACUUUUGUUACUUCGCCGCAAAUUAUUGCUGUAAACUUGAGAAUGUUAUAGCACAGGUAUUUGUACAGUGAACAUAGUGCGAAAUGACGUAGGGUUUUUGUACGGCACUCUAUGUUUUAUGUGGAUAUGUGUAAUAGAUGGAAUGACCAGAACAGCCGUAUGAAGUGGUUGUGCUAAUGUAGAGACUAAGGAAAGACCUGUGUGCAGAGGGACUUUCAAAGGUAUCGAAAAAAAAGAAAAGAAAAAAAAGUUUACAGAUGCAGAUAAUGUAUCUUGCGGGCUAUGACAGAAAGGAUGAGGGAAGUAAUGCACUGCACAAGCAGGGUUAAUGACAGUAACUGCUCUAGUUCCUCAUGCCUCUUAGUGUAAUGAAUUAUAACUAACAGCAAACAUCAUAAUGAUAAGACAAAUUCAACAUUUAAAGCUAAUUUGGAAUCAUGCAUUAAAUUAAUAUGCUACACAUUACUCAAUUUAUCAAAACCUUUUGUGUAACCAUGUCAUCGCAUCAUAAACACCUCACAGCGGAAGCUUUCUCAGCUUUUUAAAAUUUGUCUCUUCUGCAAGCAGAAGCAAAUAGAUUAGCAUUUCUAGGUAUGAUGUAACAUUUAUGUCAAUCAAAUUCAUGAAGCACCACUUUGCCCAUGAAAUACCGUUAUCUUCAAAGAGGACUUAUUGUUUUCAGCUUCACACGCUGCGCACCCAAGUUGCUUGCACGUAAGCUGUGGGCAACUUCUCAGCAUUCCCAUUUCGAGAAAGCAUUAUCAUGGGCUUUCUAUAUUCAUACGUGUGAAAUGUGAAAACAUUCUUGCAUGUAUGGCCAUUUCUGAGCCAAUUCAACUGAAGUUUGCUGCACUUAAUCCUUUCAGAUUUUUUUUUCUUUUUUGAUAUUAUAAAAUGAACACAACAGUUUGUGCAGAAAGGAAUAAAAUGACAAAAAUAAUGGCAAAUGCUUCUUGGUAUGGUCCUCACAAUAUUAUCCAAUGCCAGUGACAUGGUGAGAUAGAAACGUGAAAAUAUACCAAUACGUCAAUGAGGCUGAAAGGGUUAAAAGAAAAAGUCGAACUCUGUGGACUUUUGGCAGAUUAGUAAUUAAAGCUCGCAGACUUUAAUUUUUAAGAACAGGAUUGUUAGAAAUUGUCAGCUGAAGCCUCAAGGCUUCAUCUGUUAGGAUGCCUGUAGCAUAAGAGAGCUAUCAUAUUAACAGGGCUCUCACAAAACUCGUAUAAACAAAGUAAUUAUUUAAUGCAAAGUCUGAACGACACAUCAGAUUUGUCUGCCCUAAAUUCUCCAAUGGUUAAAAAAUUGUGAUAUCCGUUAUCAGUGCAGAGUUAUGAAGUUGUAGACAUGGCCACUUCAAUUUAUUCGAAAUUAAUCCAAUUUUGUAGAAACACCAGCAGGCCCGAGUAAAUAAAGGUCCUCCAAACAGAGUUCAAUUUUUUCUUUCAAUUGCAACAAAGCUCACUCAGUUGGUAUAGUAGUUGCCUGAACAGAGUUUCUACACCUCGCAUGCCUUUGAUAGGCGACGAGCUGAUCCCAAGCCCUUCAACCAAAAGGCUCAUUUACUGAAUUUCUACAUGUGGCACUGCAAAUGACAAUUAUGAAUUGAAGGUUUGAGGCACUUCUGCUAAUGGCUGUGCCUCUGUGGCUGACAAAAGGCUGACAAAAGAAUACAGCCUGUUGCAGACAGCACAAUUUUGAACCAACAGCAACAAGCGUGAUCUCGAUAUAAGAUAUAGUAGGCAAACCAUUAAAUGUUGCAAAGCCUUCAGAAGACACCUUAAGGCCAGCCUGCAGCAAUGCUGUAUGCAGUCAGAAAACAUGUCAAUCCGAGCCGUAGCCAAGGGAAAACGAAUGUUAACACAGCCUUGACGCAAUUUCGACAUAACUACUUGUUUCCUCACUUUGGAUGUACCUUUACUGGAGCUUCUGUCAUUUGUUAUCAACUGUGCUGCAAGUAUAGUUAUCCUCACAUUCUUGCAAUUAAAUAAAUGUUUUCAGAAAACAUA